CCGUGUCCCGGCGGGAUGUUGGCGGUGGCGGCGCGGGGCCUGGUGCGGGCCGCGUUACGAGCUGGCGCGGCACCGGCGGCGGCGCGGGCCCGGCUGGCGGGGAGCUCUGCCGGGGAGACUCGCCCUACUGUCAGACCAAAAAAUGAAGUAGAACAGAAGCAGCUAUGUGCUUUUGGGGAGUAUGUGGCUGAGAUUCUGCCCAAGUAUAUCCAGCAAGUACAGGUGACCUGUUUCAAUGAGCUGGCUUUGAUCCAUCCAGAUGGGAUCAUUCCAGUUCUGACCUUCCUUCGUGAUCACACCAAUGCCCAGUUCAAAUCCUUGGCUGACUUGACUGCUGUUGAUGUCCCAUCUCGGCAGUAUCGCUUUCAGAUUGUGUACAAUCUGCUGUCCCUGCGGUUCAACAGUCAUCGUGUAAAGACGUACACAGAUGAGCUGACACCUGUUGACUCAGCAGUGUCUGUGCACAAGGCAGCAAACUGGUAUGAGAGAGAGGUUUGGGACAUGUAUGGUGUUUUCUUUGCCAACCACCCUGACCUAAGGCGAAUCCUCACAGACUAUGGGUUUGAGGGCCAUCCCUUCCGGAAGGACUUCCCGCUCUCUGGUUACGUGGAGGUGCGAUAUGAUGAUGAAGUGAAACGGGUAGUGGCAGAGCCUGUGGAGCUGUCUCAGGAAUUUCGCAAGUUUGAUCUGAAUAGUCCAUGGGAGGCAUUUCCUGCCUAUCGUGCAGCUCCAGAACCCCUGAAAAUAGAAGCAGGAGCCAAGAAAGAAGACGCAAAAUAGCAGCAGAACAGAGUGGAUGCCCAGCAUCAUCCUUUCUGUUCUAACAUAGUAUUUAUAAUAAUAAAAUUGAUGAGAGAUACUUGC